AAGGAUGAGUUUAACUCAAGGAGGUUCCAAUAAUGUUUCAAAUUCAGAUCCACAGCAAGCUAGAUUGGAGGAAUUAAUGCAGCAAAUUCUUCAGCAGCAACAAAAUCAGGAAAGGCAGAUUGGGCAAUUGGCUUCUAGCAUUAAUCAGAUUCAAGCUCAGGGAUCGAGUCAAUUGCCAUCUCAAACAAUUCCGAAUCCUAAAGGGAACGUUAGUGCAUUAACUUUAAGGAGUGGAAGAAAGGUUUCAGAAUCUGCAAGAGGAAGAGCUGCUGUUGAAAAUUUUCCAGAAAUCCAGCAAUCCAGUUCCAGCAAUGAAGAAUUUUCAGAAAUGCAGAAUGUGCCAACUUCGAAUUCUACCCCAAUUUGCAUUGAUCCAAUGGAUAUGGAGCGUGAACAAGGAAGAAAUAGUUGCAUUCCAGAAAUUUCCAGCAAGUUUUCUCAAAAUGGGCAGUUUCCAACAGCAACAACUUCAGAAAGCAGCAAAUCUAGAAAUGCAGGAUUUCAGAAUUCAGAGCAGAGCAUUCCAUUGCCUUUCCCUCAACGCAAAGUUCAACCAAGGAAGAAUAUAGAGGAGGAGAAAGCAAAGGAGUUCCAAGAGCUUGUGGAUUUAUUUAGCAAGGUAGAAGUAAAUGUUCCUUUACUCACAAUGAUCAAGCAAAUUCCAAAAUAUGCAAAAUUUUUGAAGGAUCUUUGUGUGCACAAGAAGAAAUUGAAGGGGAAUGAGUUGAUUAGCAUGGGCAAGAAUGUGUCUACACUUCUUCGAACAGUUCCUCAGAAAUGCGAAGAUCCUGGAGUUUUUACAGAUCCUUGCGAGAUUGGGAGUAAUCUUUUUAAGGAUGCCAUGCUGGAUUUGGGAGCUUCAAUUAAUGUGAUGCCGAAAUCAGUUUUUCAAACUUUAGGCAUUAGACCAUUACAACCUAUAGGAGUAGUCAUUCAGUUAGCUGACCGCAGUCAGACUCACCCAGCUGGAGUUAUUGAAGAUGUAUUGGUGAAAGUGAGAGAACUUAUCUUUCCUACAGAUUUUUAUAUCCUUGAUAUGGAGGGAGACUAUCUGGCCAGUAGAUCUCCACUCAUUCUUGGACGACCAUUCUUGAAGACUGCAAGGACAAAAAUUGAUGUUCAUGCGGGCACACUUUCUAUGGAGAUAGGUGAUACAGUGGUCCGAUUCAGUAUUCUUGACGCUAUGAAGCAUCCUAGAGAGGAUCAUUCUAUUCUUAGUUUGGACAUCUCAGAGGAGUUGGACAACAUGGAUUUCUUUUCAGAGAUCGAUUCAGAUCUUGCAGAGGUUGGUCAAGGUGAUGAAUCUUCUAUAUUUUUGGAUGAUAAGUCAGUAGUGAGAGUGGAUGAUGAGUUUUGUGGAUUAUUUCCGAGUGAGAGAGAUAAUUUAUGCGUAGGGCAUUACUUACUAGAAGCUCUAUCCCUAGGAUCGCCCAGAGAAGAGAAAUUAUGCGUAGGGGAUUGCUUAGGAGAAGCAUUACCCCUAGGAUCGCUUUCAGUUGACCGGACACAGGAUGAGUUGAAGCCAUUGCCUCCACACUUGAAAUAUGAUUAUUUAGGAGAGAACCAGCAGCUACCUGUCAUCAUUGCCCAGAAUCUAGAACCAGAACAAGAAAGCAGAUUAUUAGAGAUUUUGAGGCAGCACAGGAAGGCCAUUGGAUGGACUUUAGCAGAUAUUCCUGGUAUCAGUCCUUCUAUUUGCAUGCACAGGAUUUAUUUAGAGGAGGAUGUGAAACCAGUGAGACAGCCCCAGAGGAGACUUAACCCACUGAUCCUUGAUAUAGUAAAGAAAGAGGUGACUAGACUUCUACAGGCAGGUAUCAUUUACCCUAUUUCUGACAGUAAGUGGGUAAGUCCCAUCCAUGUGGUGCCAAAAAAAUUAGGGGUGACAGUUGUGACUAAUGAAGAGAAUGAGUUGGUGCCCACCAGAGUGAAAAAUUCUUGGAGAGUUUGUGUGGAUUAUAGGAAGCUGAACCAAGCAAGUAGAAAGGACCACUAUCCCUUGCCUUUUAUUGAUCAGAUGUUGGAGAGACUGGCGGGGAAAUCGCAUUAUUGCUUCCUAGAUGGAUACACUGGAUAUUUUCAGAUUUGCAUCGACCCAGAGGAUCAGGAGAAGACCACCUUCACUUGCCCUUUCGGUACAUUUGCCUACAGACAGAUGCCAUUUGGAUUAUGCAACGCUCCAGGAACUUUUCAGCGAUGCAUGGCUCAUUGGACUACAAGAAUUUGUAUUGGGCCCGAUCCAUUAAAUGGAGCUUUCCUCUUGAGCUAACCCAUGUCAAACCUUCUCAUCAAAUCCCUAAUUUUCCUCCUAAACUAAGCCCUAAACCAAAUGCAAAUCCCGGUUCAAACCUUGGUAUAAAACCCAAAAGAAUCGCGGAUGAACAGUGGCUGCGUCUACUGUUCAUCGUGCCAUCGGCGAUUUCUUCUCCGUUAGCGCGCGCGCAAGCCCCCGAUAGAGGAAGAUGCAAGGAAGCUGCUGACCUAAUUUCCUGAAGCUGGAGGCUUGCCAAAGAGGUCUCGACGGCAAGCUUUACUGGGAUUCGAUUCUUCAUUCUCCGCCCCUGUUAGAACGGUGUUGACAGCAGGAGUUCAUCAGCCAUCUUCGGGAAUCAUCAGAGAGGUCUCUCUGGUGGUUCUUGACAUGAAUCCAGCCACCAUCAACGCCCCAUCAACAAGCCAUUGCUGAGCACAGAAUCAAAUCGCAGAUCCAGGUUUCGACAAUUCCGCACAGAUCUGAACUUGUGUUCUUCCAGAGAGGUUUCUUUGGCUAAGAUCAGCGGGUUUCAGAUCUGAACUCAGAUCAGCUGCGUUCCCUUUUCUGCUUUUCUGGAUUUCGCAUUUGAGGUUUCAAGUGAGGACUCUUGUGUGACGACAAGAGUUGUGAUUCAAGAAUUGGUUGUGAUUGGAAUUGGUUUAGUUUUAUUCCUGCAUUUCAUUACUGUUCUUAGCUACAUCUAGAUCUCGUUUGUAGCACAGUUUAUUGCAUAGAUUAGUUUCUUUCUAGAAUUUUGCUUUCAAUCCCUAUUCUGUAAUGCAGAAAUACCAUCAAGUUUCUGAUAGUGUAAUCAGUUUUCAAUCUUUGAA